AUGAAUACCAAUUAAUUAAUUGAAAAGUAUUUAAAACAGUAUUUUGAACCACAUUCGGAUUUUAGUAUUUUUGAGCAAUACUUGGAAACCUAGUAUUUGAAGAAACAAAAGGCUAUAAGCCGCCUGUAUAAUGGAGAUUAAGUUUAAGAUUUGAAUACUUAUUUCACCAAUUAUGAAAUCAAAUAGAUGAACAAUGAUAAAAUCUUGUAUUUUUGCGAUAAUAACAAGCCAUAUUUUGUUUAUGGGGAACUUGUCAAUUUAUUUGUUUAAUUAAAGAAUAUCUAAAGUUUGACGAUAAAAUAUUUCAAAUCAACUUGA